AGGCCAUUCUUGCCCCCCAAACCCUACAGCCUCCCGCGGUAAACCCGCUGCCUCUUCCAUUGCUGUCUGUGGACUUCGAUCACUCCGCAUCAAAUUUUCAUCGGAUCCGCCGGCAAGUCCGUUGUGAUGGAUGCUCGCCGCGGGUCCCGCGUCGUCAUCGAUCCCAAAGUCCGGCAGGUCGGGUUCUUCACCCCCGAUGCACCGCCUUCACCGGGUCGGACCACCACCGCCCCGCCCGACUGCACCACUUCACAGUUAUCCGACUCUCCGACCAGCAAUUCUUUAUCUCCGGUGAUGAUUCCGCCCCCGCGUCAUCCUUCCGAUAACCUUGCCUCCCGGACGGCUGUUCUGCCGGUUCCGGCUUCCGGAAAUUGGAGGCAUCCUGAGGAUCAGGUUCCUGUUGGGAGCCACAAUCCCUCAGAAACGUUGCUCGGAUCGUCGCCGUUGGCAUCGCCUUCGAGUCGACUUGGAGGUGAAGAGUUGGAGUUCUCGGAGGAUUCGGCGGCCUCCGUCUUGCUUCGGCGGAGUAGUUCCGGGAAGUUAGCCUCAAGCUGUCCGGGCGUCGGAUUCCACAUGGCGGCUAAGUCUUCUGCGAAUUUACAGACGAUGCCUGCUAAUAGUAUGAGGACAUCGGGAACUAAUAAGCCUGCUGGAGCCACAGCUCUCGCAGAAAAGAUUGGAGGAGCAUCUGCAGAGGUUAAAGAUCAUCAUGCAUCAAGUUCGAAACCCUUGAAGACUAAAACCACGAAGGCUGAAAGACGGGCUUUACAGGAGGCUCAGCGAGCUGCAAAGGUUUCUGCUAAAGGUGAAGCAAAUAAGUCAGGUACUGCCUCUGGGACAACAGCUCCUAGUAAAGUUGGGAAACAGCCUUCAACAAUAAAAGGUGGUCCUGCCACAGCUUCAGUUGCAUCUGCUGAUAAUAGAGGAGGUGAUCGUAUGGUUGAUAAAGAAAGGAAGAAAGAUGCUCCCCCUCCACGUAUGCAAUUUGAUGAUAAAAAUCGAGUAGAAAAGGCUAAAAAGCGAGCUGUGUUCAAUCAAACUGAAGCAAGAAAUAGGGUUGAACUAUUUCGCCAUUUGCCACAAUAUGAACAGGGGACUCAGCUUCCUGAUCUUGUGUCAAAGUUUUUUCAACUUGAUACCAUUCAUCCUGCCAUUUACAAGGUUGGUUUACAAUAUAUGGCUGGAGAUAUAUCUGGCGGUAAUGCUCGUUGUAUUGCAAUGCUCCAUGCAUUUCAGCAAGCCAUUAAAGACUACUCAACCCCACCACAGAAAUCUCUUGUGAGAGAUUUAACUGCAAAAAUUGGCGUCUAUGUGUCAUUCUUUAAUGAAUGCAGGCCACUUUCCGUUAGUAUGGGAAAUGCAAUCAGAUUUUUGAAAAAUCGCAUUGCCAAAUUACCACCAAAUCUUCUAGAAUCUGAGGCAAAAGCUGCACUUUGCUUAGAUAUCAGUCGUUUUAUCAAUGAGAAGAUAAUGCUAGCUGACGAGGUCAUAGUGAGGCAUGCUGCUACCAAGAUCAGAGAUGGAGACGUUCUUCUCACAUAUGGGUCAUCGUGUGCUGUAGAGAUGCUUCUAUCAUAUGCCCAUGAGCUUGGAAAACAAUUUCGCGUCGUUGUGGUAGAUUCUCGACCAAAACUUGAGGGCCAAGCAUUGCUUCGUAGGCUGAUAGCAAAGGGCCUAAGUUGUACUUACACUCAUAUAAAUGCUAUUUCCUAUGUGAUGCGUGAAGUAACCCGAGUUUUUUUGGGAGCUGCGGCAGUGUUAGCUAAUGGAACUGUAUAUUCUAGAGUGGGGACUGCAGGUAUUGCCAUGGUUGCACAUGCAUUCCAUGUUCCAGUAUUAUUCUGCUGUGAAGCAUAUAAAUUUCAUGAAAGGGUACAACUUGAUUCGAUAUGCUUUAAUGAAUUAGGUGACCCAGAUGCUAUCUCAAAGGUUUCGGGAAGGACAGACGUUAAUUAUCUAGAUGGUUUGACUGCUAAAGAACAUCUGCAACUUCUAAACUUAAUGUAUGAUGCUACACCUUCAGAUUACAUCUCAAUGAUUGUGACAGAUUAUGGCAUGAUACCACCUACAAGCGUGCCCGUAAUUGUACGCGAGUAUAGAAGAGAGCACCUAUGGGUUUAGCUUAUAGGAUAGUUCAAGCCUCAAGGAAGUUCAUUUUUGCCGAGGAGAAACUAACUAGUAGGAGUUCUUUUGAUCCAUGGUUAGAUCAUGGUGCCUGCUGGUUUAAAAUUUUGAUUUUGGUGAAAUAAUGGUGAAGAGUGCAAUUGUGGCCUCUCCUUAACUCAUUUUUCCCAGUCUUUUGUUCUCGAAAUGUAUAAUACUCUUUUAUAUGUUUGCUUUCGAGGAUACAAAUCGUUUUUUUUUUUU